AAAAGUGAAGACUCAAAGACAGAGAGCCGACAGAACAGAUCAGGCCCAGCUGAUGGUAAGCUUGAGCCCUGGUCCUGGGAUCAGUAUCUGGACGAACAGAAGGCUCUGGCAGCUCCAGCCCAACUCUUUCAAGUGUCUCAAAGGGUUCCACAGUGCAAAAACAACUUCCGCCAAGGCAUGAAGUUGGAGGGGAUUGACCCACAGCACCCAUCCAUGUAUUUUGUUCUUACAGUGGCUGAGGCGUGCGGCUAUAGAUUACGGCUCCAUUUCGACGGGUACUCAGACUGCCAUGACUUCUGGGUCAAUGCCAACUGUCCAGAUAUUCAUCCAGCAGGCUGGUGUGAAAGCACUGGUCACAAACUUUACACCCCCAAAGUUGAUAUUGCAGGCUGCAAGGAGGAAGAGUUUUCAUGGUCCAGUUAUUUGAGGUUCACAAAAGUACCAGCCGCCCCCAAAGAGCUGUUUGCGAGCGCUGGUCGGACCGAUAUGGAGUGCGGUUUCGAGGUGGGCAUGAAGCUGGAGGCAGUGGACCGCAUGAACCCCUCCCUCAUCUGUGUCGCCACGGUGACUGAUGUGGUGGAUGAUCGCUUCCUUGUUCAUUUUGACAACUGGGAUGACACCUAUGACUACUGGUGUGACGCCACAAGCCCUUACAUCCAUCCGAUCGGCUGGUGCCAAGAAAGAUGUCUGCCUCUAACCCCACCACAAGACUACCCCGACCCUGGCAGGUUCGCCUGGGAAAGGUACCUGGAGGAGACGGGCUCCACAGCUGUUCCUGCAGAGAACUUCAAAGUGCGCGCGCCGCAUGGCUUCCAGGCCCAGAUGAAGCUGGAGGCGGUGGACAAGAGAAGCCCCGCCCUCAUCAGGGUCGCCACGGUACAGGAGGUGGAGACUCACAGAAUAAAGAUUCACUUCGAUGGCUGGAGUCAUGUGUACGAUGAGUGGGUCGACUCGGACAACCCUGACAUCCACCCGGCAGACUGGUGCGAAGGCACAGGGCAUGCCCUGAAGGCGCCACCCUGCCAGUCCAGCAGCGAGCCGCCUGGUACAAGAGAAGCUCCGGCCGCCAGCCAAUCGAACUUCUCCCCGCUGCCCUACAAAGCCAUCAGCCACUCGCGAAACACCUCCAAGUACAGCUUCCACCACAGGAAGUGUCCUACGCCGGGCUGUGACGGUUCUGGUCAUGUGACCGGUCGGUUUACAGCGCACCACUGCCUGUCCGGGUGUCCGCUGGCAGAGAGGAAUCAGGGCCGGCUCAAAACCGAGCUGUCCGACACGGAGGGCUCCAAACGGAACCUUCUGGUCUUCGGUCAGCGGUCCAGAAAGUCACGCUACCAUGGCAGGAUCGGACGUCCCCCCAAGUAUAGGAAGAACCAGCAGAGGAACUAUCAGACAGCCGUGACGACCGAGGGUGUGUACCCCUCCCUCUUCAUGUCGGCCCUGUCGGCCCAUCAGGACCGCACUCUGUCCCUCUGCUGGGAACAGCACUGCAAGCUCCUGCCCGGAGUGGCCGGCAUCCACGCCAGUCAGGUGGCCUGCUGGACAGUGGAGGAGGUUUUUGGCUUUGUACAUAAUCUAACGGGGUGUGAGGAGCAAGCUCGUCAGUUCAAGGAUGAGGGUAUUGAUGGAGAGGCAUUCCUACUUCUGAAUCAGACUGACAUUGUCAAGAUCAUGAGCAUCAAACUGGGCCCUGCCCUGAAGAUCUACAACGCCAUUUUAAUGUUCAAAAGUACUGACGAGGGACUCAAGUGAUCGUUCUUGGCAUUCUGGUGUAUGUGAUAACCUCUCAUCGUGUGCCAACUCAUUUUCAUUUCCAUGAAGCAUUUUGAUAUUUAAUUCAAGUCCCUUCAGAGAGAGAAUCAUUUUAUGUCAUACAUGUUUUCAUGGGACUCUGCUGUGAAAAAAAAAACAUAAGUCUGCCGACUUGAAGUACAGAUUUAAUAAUGUGAAAUGUUUAUAAUGCAAUUUCACUCUGAGAGGAGAUGGAAACAACCACGUUGACUUAAAAGAUAUGUCUGUGCAGCGUGAAGAGAAGUAUUGAUGCACUUUACAUGUUCAUCCACUGGGUGGAGCUUAUACGCAUCCUGAGCCAGCUGAAGCAAUUUGAAGUCCUGCAAGAUUGGUUUCAGUACAUCUACCUGUUAUAAGUAAGUCUACCGUAUUUCAAACUGUUUUAUCGAUGUUUGGUUUUCGAUAAUGGUUGAAAAGCACUUAGGUAUAUUAGGUCAAAUAAACAGUUUGGUAUUUCGGAACAUUUUUGGUUUAAGAGCAUAACGAAGUUUUGAUGUUGUAGAUUUGUUUGUAGGACCAAAUUCUCUCUCUGAUGGAGAUAUUUCGUCCCGAUGCAAUCCUUGGUUUAAACUGUCAUUCAGUUCACCCACUUCAAGAAAUCAAUAAAUGUUAAAUGUUAAUUCUUUGUAUUGUGCAUGCCAUCUUUGAAUGGUGGUUAUUUUUUCGAAAUGACAUUGGGUUGCUGGGAAAAAAAAUUAAAACCGGUAGUAAUUAUUUACAGA